CGAGUUUAUACUUGGGCUCUAGCAUUGUACUUUUGCUUAAAUGAAGAGCACAAAGCAUGAGGGUUACAAAAUUAUAGAUAUCAGUCAUAAUUGUUUAUUGUGAUUAUUGUGACAAGUUGAUGGAAGUCCCACGGGAUACACAUCAUCGCCAUGCCUCCUCGGCUGUAUCAUACUAAAUCCAGGACUGGUUGUGCUCGCUGCAGAGCCCGUCGCGUCAAGUGCGACGAGGCCAAACCAAAGUGUGGUUGCUGUGUCCGCCAUGAAGUAGAAUGUCUUUACGACAGAACAGAUCGCUGCAAGUCUUUGAGGCCAGAUGCCACCAAUGUCCUCGAUUCGGUAUUACACCAGGCAGGGACAGCAGCGGGCCAAGCCGCUGCCGACAACGGCAUACACACUGAGGAGUUGAUGCCUCUCAUGUCGACAGAAAGCCGCGAUCGCCGCUAUCUUGAACUCCGGCUGCUUCAUUUGUGGACCACCGAGGUCUGCCAAACGCUCCCAGGCUGCUACGAUCCCCAAAACCUCAAAAUCUGGUCUCGUGACGUCCCCAAGAUUGCUCUUGACUAUGAGCCUUUGCUCACUGGCAUCUUUUCAAUAUCUCUCUUGUACAUGGUCUUCAGCAACUCUCAAGUCGGCAUUCCAGAGGCCGGGCUUUUUGCAUACAGGGCAAGGUAUUUCGAGGCGACCGUGCGGCACCACCGCAAGGCACUUGGCUCUAUGGAUCAUCGAACUGCUAAUGCGGCCGGUUUCACUUCCAUUAUUCUCAUAUUUGAUGCUUUCGCUAGCCUCAGGGAACGUUGGAUGCAACCGAUCCACCCUAACAUGCCGUAUAAGCCACCGACGGCAUGGCUCCAGAUGUGUAGAGGAGUCAGAAAUGUUGUUGCGCUCGGGCUAGACAUGAUCGGCGAAGAUUCUGAUUCAUCUCUUAGUAUCAUAGCCAAGGGGGCUUCUCUCUUCGUUGAUCUGGAUACCAUCUAUUCGGACGCGAAUCGUGCGAAAUUUGCUUACUUGCUGCCUGCAAAGGCCGAUGCGUCUCUGGAUGGCGCCGACUAUGAGGCAUAUACAACCGCGGUUGCGUACAUAGGGUCAGUCGCGGCAGCAAAGGAAGCUGGAGAAGAGCAUCCGAAGAUAUCUCGAAGACUUGCGAUUUUCCCCACCAUCUUGCACGACCGUUUCCUCACUCUGCUCGAUGUGCCGAGCCCACGUGCCAUGGUUAUCCUCGCGCACUAUUUUGCUUUGCUAUAUACCCUCGACGGGCUGUGGUGGGUGGGUAACUGUCCGGAAAAGGAGAUUGAGGCCAUCAAAGCCAAUCUUGGUAGCGAAUGGCUUGGUAUGAUGGAGUGGCCGCUGCAAAUAAUCCGCGAUCGUGGUCAAACAUUUGCCGAGAGCGACAAUGAGAAAUGAUGUUUUUUCGUGGACGAAAUAUGUCAUGGCGUUUAUUUGAUUGGGAAUAUACCAAAGAACAAAUCGAGCUUUAGUAUAAGUCAACAAGAGGGUCAUUAUUAUUGCCUUGCCCUUUGGAUGGCUUCAGACAGGGCUGGUCAACAUCUACACUACUCAAUUAGAUAGCCGAGCACGGACUGUGUUGCGUAAUAUAUAUAAUGAGUCAACUAGAAAACGAC